GUUACCAAAGACCAUCCAAUCACAGCCAAAACCAUUGCCGAAGGUGUGGGCAUCCUCUCAGAAGACAAGGAAACCAUAGAAGACAUUUCUGCCUACCUCAUCAUCCCAGUGAGCCAGGUGAACCCAAGAAAUGCCAAUGCCUGCAUGGUACAUGGAAGUGAUCUGAAGGACUUGACUUUCCAGCAGCUGGAUGACAUUUUGAAGUACCAUACUGAGAUUGUGUUUCCCAGGUCCUCUCCUCAACAGAAGCUGAUCGUUCAGGAAGACUGCCAGAGAGAGGGCACUAUCAUGGCUGUAACUGGUGAUGGUGUCAAUGACUCAGCUUUGAAGAAGGUGGACACUGGGGUUGCUAUGGGAAUUGCAGGCUCAGAAGUGUCUAUGUAAGCUACUGACAUGAUUCUCUUGGAUGAGAAUUUUGCCUCAAUUGUGACUGGAGUAGAGGAAGGUCAUCUAAUCUUUGAUAGCUUUAAGAAAUCUAUUGCCUACACCAUAACCAGAACAUUCCAGAUAUUUAUUAUCUGGAACACCCCCUUCCUGAUAUUCAUUAUUACAAACAUUCCACUACCCCUGAGGACCAUCACCAUCCUCUGCAUUAACUAG